CAUCCUCUCAACGCUCGAGCUCUGUGGUGUGCGGCGUUUGAACAGCGGCAGGCAGAGGAGUGGAAGACUGGGAGUGACUUUAUUCUAAAUAUGAGGGGGAAACCAAUCAUUUCAGAAGCAGGAUAUUAAAGCUUUGGAUUCCCCCCCCCCUUCUACAUCACUGCUGGAUAUUUUGUUUUCUUUAAUGUUGUCGGAAGAAUACGUCUCCUCUCUGCUGAAAUAUUGUGCCACUAACGGUCAAUCAUACCUGGCACAGGAAGCACACCCCGUCGCUGGUAUCUGAAACAGCUGGGUCGUGUCGAGAAGAUUGUGGAUUAACGUUUUUCUCCUUCCUUUCCUCCUCAAGAAACCCCGGACGUCUUCCAAUGGCCUUUAGCCAAAAUGAGCGUCGAUUUAAUUGAAUUAACUACAUGAGUGGAGUCUAAACAACCACAUUUUUACCCAAGGAUUUUCCACAUAUCUUCCAAAUUAAACGGCGGCAGGAAAAUGGAAAACGAGGUUUUCACUCCGUUGCUGGAGCAGUUUAUGCUCACGCCUCUGGUCUCCUGGGUGAAGACAGUCGGGCAGCCAACAGUGACCGAUGGCUCCAAAUUAUCGGAAUAUAUUGAAUUAGUGGAUGGGAUUUACCUGAAUGAGAUCAUGCUUGAAAUAAAUCCUAAAGCCACUGUGCAGAGGACCAACAAGAAGGUGAACAAUGAUCCCACACUGCGUAUCCAGAACCUUUCUAUUCUCAUCAGGCAGAUUAAAGCUUACUAUCAGGAAACGCUUCAGCAGCUGGUAAUGAUGCCUUUACCAAAUGUGCUGGUGUUAGGCCGAAACCCUCUUUCAGAACAAGGUCUGGAGGAGAUGAAAAAACUAUUGCUGCUCCUACUCGGCUGUGCGGUCCAGUGUGAGAAGAAGGAAGAGUACAUUGAGUGCAUUCAGACUCUGGAUUUUGACAGCAAAGCUGCCAUAGCAUCCCACAUCCAAGAGGUGACUCAUAACCAGGAGAAUGUGGUGGACCUACAGUGGUUGGAAAGUGGUGAAAUGCCUCCUGAAGAUAUUGACACCCUCUCCAGAAACCUGGCGUUUCACCUCAAACGUCUGGUGGAUGAAAGGGACACACAGUUAGAGACUAUUGUGGAGCUUACUCAGGAGAGAGACUGUGUGCAGCUGUCUCCACUGGCCCCCUGUGCAACGCAGUCUCCUGCUGACUCCCCCAGUAUGAGGAGGACAGAAAGCCGACAGCACCUCUCUGUGGAGUUGGCUGAUGCCAAGGCCAAAAUCAGACGCCUUCGGCAAGAACUAGAGGAAAAGAGCGAGCAGCUUCUCGACACCAGGCAGGAACUGGAAAACAUGGAGGUGGAGCUAAAGAGACUUCAGCAAGAGAGCUAUCAGCUGCUGUCAGAUGCUCGGUCAGCUCGGGCCUACCGCGAUGAGCUGGACGCGCUCAGAGAGAAAGCCAUACGUGUUGACAAACUGGAGAGCGAGCUGAGCAGAUACAAGGAGAAGCUUCAUGAUAUUGAGUUUUACAAGGCCAGAGUUGAGGAGCUGAAGGAGGACAACCAGAUUCUGCUGGAGACAAAGACCAUGUUGGAGGAGCAGCUGGAUAAUAGCAGGACCCGUUCUGACAAACUUCAUCUUUUGGAGAAAGAGAAUCUACAGCUCAAAUCCAAAAUGCAUGACCUGGAGAUGGAGCGAGACAUGGACCGUAAGCGUAUGGAGGAACUGCUUGAAGAGAAUCUUGUGCUGGAGAUGGCCCAGAAACAGAGUAUGGAAGAAUCCCUGCAUCUGGGCUGGGAGCUGGAGCAACUGUCAAAGACACCAGAGCUCACUGAGAUCCCACAGAAGUCUUUGGGUGAGGAGGUGAAUGAACUGACCUCAAGUCGUCUAUUAAAAUUGGAGAAAGACAAUCAGGCCCUGCUGAAGACUGUGGAGGAGCUCAGAGGAUCAGCCAGUCAGGAUACCAUAACUAAACUGGCCAAAGUCAACCAAGAAAACAAGAAACUGAACCAGAAAUUGGAGCAGCUGGAGAGCGAACUGACGACAGACAGAGAGUCGCUUCACAGCGCUGAGUCACUCAGUACAGACCUGAUGAAGGAGAAGGCUUUACUAGAGAAUACUCUAGAAACACUCAGGGAAAACUCAGAAAGACAGCUGAAAGGCCUGGAGCAGGAGAACAAGCACCUGAGCCAGACGGUAUCGUCCUUGCGUCAGCGCUGCCAGGUGGGAGCUGAGGCUCGGGUAAAGGAUGUGGAGAAAGAAAAUCGUGUUCUUCACGAGUCCAUCUGUGAAACGACCGCCAAACUGAAUAAGAUGGAGUUUGAAAGGAAGCAGCUACGUAAGGAGCUUGAAGUGGUGAAGGAGAAAGGUGAAAGAGCAGAAGAGUUGGAGAUCCAGCUAACCAAGCUGGAAAGGGACAAUGAGAGCCUGCAGAAGAAAGUUGCCAGUCUUGGAAUCACCUGUGAAAAGGUGUUGUCUUUGGAGAAGGAGAACACUGAACUAGAGGCAGAGGGCCGUCGUCUAAAGAAGAAGCUUGACGCUCUGAAGAACAUGGCCUUCCAGCUAGAGGCUCUGGAAAAAGAGAACUCCCAGUUGGAGCAGGAAAAUCUGGGGCUUCGCCGCUCAGCUGAGAACCUGCGGUCAGCAGGGGCCAAGGCUGCUCAGCUGGAAGCCGAGAACAGGGAGCUGGAGAACGAGAGGAGUCAGAUGAAACGCAGCCUAGAACUGCUCAAAGCUUCGUCUAAAAAGACUGAGAGAUUAGAGGUGAGCUACCAGGGCCUAGAUACAGAGAACCAGCGUCUACAGAAAGCUUUAGAAAAUAGCAGCAAGAAGAUCCAGCACUUGGAAGCAGAGCUGCAAGAGGUGGAAAGUGAGAAUCAGACCCUACAACGUAACCUGGAGGAGCUCAAGAUCUCCAGUAAACGCCUAGAGCAGCUGGAGCAGGAGAACAAGACUUUGGAGCAGGAGAGCUCUCAACUUGAAAAGGACAAAAAGCUUCUUGAGAAGGAGAACAAACGGUUGAGGCAGCAGGCCGAGAUACGUGACUCGAAGCUGGACGACGACAACCAGAGGAUCUCUGCCCUGGAGAAAGAGAAUCGAACCAUGGGCAAGGAGAUGAUUUUCUUCAGAGACUCCUGCACAAGAGUCAAAGACCUGGAGAGAGAGAACAAGGAGCUGGUCAAACAGGCCAAUAUAGAUAAGAAGACCCUUAUGACUCUCAGAGAGGAGCUUGUGAGUGAGAAGUUACGGACUCAGCAGAUGAAUAAUGAUCUAGAGAAACUGACCCACGAGUUGGAGAAGAUUGGACUGAACAAAGAGAGGCUUCUUCAUGACGAGAGCUCAGAUGACAGGUUUAAGCUCCUGGAAACCAAACUGGAGUCCACUCUAAAAUCAUCUUUGGAAAUUAAAGAGGAGAAAAUCGCCGCUUUGGAGGCCAGACUGCAGGAGUCUUCCAACCUCAACCAGCAACUUCGCCAGGAGCUGAAGACGGUGAAGAAAAACUAUGAGGCACUGCGUCAAAGAGAGGAAGAGGAGAGGAUGGUUCAGAGCUCCCCUCCUAAAGUAGGGGAUGACCCUCAGGCUAUUAGUAAAUGGGAGAAAGAAAGCCAUGAAGCCACCAGGGAACUGCUGAAAGUUAAAGACAGACUCAUUGAGGUGGAAAGAAAUAAUGCCACACUGCAGGCUGAGAAGGCUGCCUUGAGGAGCCAGCUCAAACAACUAGAAACUCAAAGCUCUAACCUGCAGGCUCAGAUAGUCGCCGUUCAGAGACAGUCUGCCUCCUUACAGGAAAACAACACAACUCUACAGACACAGAAUGCCAAGCUGCAGGUGGAGAACUCCACCUUGAGUUCACAGAGUGCAGCCCUUAUGGCACAGAAUGCCCAGCUGCAGAGCCAGCAGAGCAGUGUGGAGGGGGAGCGAGAGGGUGCACUCAAAGAGAAAGAAGAGCUAAGAGCGACUUAUGAGCUGCUUCUCAGAGAUCACGAAAAGCUGGCAGCACUCCAUGAGAGGCAGGCGGCUGAAUAUGAAGCCCUGAUUGGGAAGCACGGUGGCCUAAAGACCUCUCAUAAGAGCCUGGAGCAGCAGCACAGAGACUUGGAGGACAAGUACAAACAACUCUUGCAGAGAAAGACAGAGCUUGAGGAGCUAGAAAAAACUCUGAAGGAGCAGCAGGAAAAGAUGGCACUGGAGAACCAGACCCACCAAGCAACAGCUGACCAGUGCAGACUUCUGAAAGAUGAAAAUGACAGGUUGAAUUCCACAUAUCGUCAGCUGCUAAGGGACAAUGAGAAUCUACAGAUUGAUCAUAAGAACAUAAAGAGCCAGUUAAACAGUGCAAAGCUGGAACAGACCAAGCUGGAGGCAGAGUUCUCUAAGCUGAAGGAACAAUACCAGCAGCUGGACAUCACCUCUACCAAACUCACCAACCAGUGUGAGUUGUUGAGCCAGCUGAAAGGAAACUUGGAGGAGGAGAAUCGUCAUUUGUUGGACCAGAUCCAAACCUUGAUGCUGCAGAAUCGCACACUUCUGGAGCAGACGAUGGAGAGCAAGGACCUGUUCCAUGUAGAACAAAGACAAUACAUAGACAAGCUGAAUGAACUGAGGAGACAAAAGGAGAAGCUGGAGGAGAAGAUAAUGGACCAGUACAAAUUCUAUGACCCUUCACCCCCACGCAGGCGUGGUAACUGGAUCACUCUGAAGAUGAAGAAGCUCAUCAAGCCAAAGAGCCGGGAGAGAAUGCGUUCUCUCACUUUGACUCCAUCUCGCUCAGAGAUAGGAGAUGGUUUUCUGAUGUUUCCCCAGGACAGCCAGGACAGUUCGUCCAUAGGCUCUGGCUCCAAUUCACUCGAUGACACGCUCACACAGAAGAGGAGCAGCAGGAGGAGAGGGCAUCAGUCGCAUGUCCAAAUGCAGGGUUCCUCCAAUGCUAUAAAAAGGUUGCCUUUCAUGAGGAACAGAUCCAAGGACAAAGACAAGGCCAAGGCCAUCUACCGGCGCUCCAUGUCCAUGAAUGACCUGCUGCAGACCAUGGCGGUAGCAGGCACUCCUGGGGCUCAGUGGACAGGAAGCACAGAGAAUCUUGAUGGGCCUGAAGCUGGAGAAGCCGGCAUGGCGGGAGGCAGCAGGCGCGGUGGGCAGCGCAUGAAGGAGCUCGCCCUGUCCACAAACGCCAUUGACUGUGCCGCCCUGACCCUUCCCACUGCAGGACACAACAGAGCCAAGUAUCGGCUUAAAGUCAAAGAAAAUGCCUCCUGCGAGGAUGUUGCUGGCUCCUUAGAUGACCCUAAGAAUCAAGUUGAGCUGAGCGCUAUGUGCAGAGUGCCCUGUAGCAUCUGUACCUCCAGACCCUCCAGUCUCCAUAGCAACAGGACCACCAGUAGCAAUAGUAACAAUAACUCGCACCUCACUUCUCCUCUGGAGGGCAAAGGCACUCUAAAUGGCAGCCUCAGCAGACCCCACAGUGAAAGCAGUGGUGAGUUUAGCCUCAGUCUGGAUCAAGAAGUGUGGUCCAGCAGUGGCAGCAGCCCUGUCCAGCAGCCCACCUCCUCACGCUCCUCUCACCAGAGCCCCCUGCAGCUGCGUAGGUCCCUCGAGCCAUCUAAUGCCACAGGCAGCCCUGGCCAGAUGCAGAUCAUGAAGACUGGAUCCCCUAGUGAAGUACUUUCCCUGCAGCAGUUCCUGGAUGAGGGUAUUGAUCCAACAGAGUCUGGCAGUCAGGAGAACCUGACUGUCGACUCUCCUCGUCUCUCCACCUCUUCUGACCACGUUCAGAAAGAGCGCACCUUCACCAAGGGCCGGGGCAUAUUGCGUUCAUCCAGUGGGAAAGCAGCACCGGUGACCACUGACCGGCCACCUAGAACUUCCGGACAGCCCGGCCGCCCCACCCUGCGGAAAGCUGAGAGCACCCGUGUGAAAGGUUCUGCCCCAAUCCGCCCCAGCCUGUCCUCGCAGGGCAAAGCUACGUCCGUCUCUGAACGACUGGACUCGGCUUCUUCCACGCUGCCUCGUGCCAGCAGCGUCAUCUCCACUGCUGAGGGCACGACACGGCGCACCAGCAUCCAUGACAUGCUGUCCAAGGACCACCGACAGCCCGUCUCUGUCGACGUUUCUCCACAAGUCGCUUCCCCCAAGGCUGGAGUACGCGCCCAGCCAACACCCAGUGAGUACCACCCCAACAGCACCCACCCAAAGGGAUCCCUUACCAGCACUGCACCCAUGUCCAAGUCUGUCAGCCUACCCUGCCACAGCUUGGAAGACCCUGACCUCUCAACCCUCGAGUCUUUCCUCGGCCCCUCCUUCACUGUAGAGUCAGUGUUCAUGGAUUCCAUAUUUAGCGAGUCAGCAAGCAUAAACCUCCCCUUCCUGUCUCUGAACCCCACCCUAGUCAGCAACAUCAGUGGGCCUCCUGUUGCAAAUAAGACCCACUCUCCCCCUGUUCCAAACCUCAAUCAAAACCAGAGUCCUCACAACCAGUCCAAUGGUCAGACGACAUCCAGCACAGCAGGCCUGGCAGGGUACAAAGAGGGUGUUGAUCCCAGUCGUGUGAUUGAUUCAGACCAGUCACUGAGCCCAGAGGAAAGCCAAUCUCUGUGGUACGAGUAUGGCUGUGUGUGAUUGACUGGAAGGCUUCUGGCUUGUUGACUGUGACUUUACUAAAAGAGGGGAGAGCAAAAGAAUGGAUGAGGAACAAAUCUGUUUCCUUUGCAUGUUAUUUAUCAGACUAUCUACUAUCUCUGUGUGGUGUAUUUUGGACUGUUUUCUGUCAUGGUGCUGAAUAUUGGCAAUUAUUUUAAUUUUUUUUUUCAUUUCUCUAAGUUGGGACUUUGAAUGCUCCUCUGUCCAAACACCUUUGCCAAAUGAUAAUUUCCUUAUCAAACUGUUUCAUUGGCUAACACUACACUAUUAUCUGCUGUGAUGGGUCCUAGUUACAUUAAUAUUUCUAUUUCAGUCUUAAUUUGAAAAUUAUGAAGAACUAGACUAUCAGGAGGAUCAAAAAUAAGUGUUUUAUUAAACUGAGAUAUUAUAAAGGCAGUUUAGUCACAUUUAAAGUCUUGCAGUGUCAGAUAAUAGAUUCACCUCCCAUUUUAUUAUGUUUUGAUAUGUGAGUGCUUUUCACUGUAAACCUGGUUGCAUUGUUCACUAAACUGCAUGGCCUUGUACCAUCAGCCUGAGCUGAAACACACAUUUUGAUCUAUGUGAUCAAAAUGGUUAUCAUGUUUGUCUCCUUUUUGUUUUGGCUGACUUGAGCACUGUUUGUUUUUAUGCAUUUUAUGUCCUUUUUUUUAUUUUUUUUUCUAAUGUAUACAUAUAUAUCAACUGCAGCAUUUACUGGAUGCAUGGUGGGUUACUGUCUGGUGGAUUCUAACUGGCCUCUGGUGACGGUGACAAAAUGGUGAACACUUCAUUGCCAAAACAAUCAAAACAGUCUUUUCACUUGUAUAAAUGCAAGUUAAUGGUGAAAGUGAUAGAAAACAGUAUAAACAUGGUGAUUAAGUUUUAGGUUUUGUGGGUUAGUGACACAUUGGAUGGAUUUAGAAAGUUAUUAACAGAUUAAGAUUGUUUUGUCAAUGAAGCUAAAAUAAUUUAUUUUGGUUAUUUGUAAACUUUUGUUUACUUCUGACGCACCACAGCUGGGGAAUAGAUAUUUGACUUUGUGCUUUAGACUGACAUCUUGUACAGACUUUAAAUCAUUAAGUUAUAAUCAAAGACGAGUGCUGCUUAUUGUACCAAAUUUAGCAAAUGCCAUCAUUACUUAUUUAUUUUGGCUUUUGUACUGCAUAGUUGCUGUUUUGAACUUGCUUUAUUGUAUUUAUCUUAAUCCACAAUAUAUGCAGGAAUGAAAAGUGUUCUUACCACUGUGCAGAUGUAACACAUUGCCUUUUUCCUACAGAUGUGGAGGGCAGAAAGUCUAAAAGCAGGAGUGGGGAGGCGCAGCAAAGCUGCUAAACCCUGCCCCUCCCACCCUCGUCUGUCUGCUACCAUGCUGCGAGUGCGUG